AUUGAGAAAUGAGCAAUCAUGAGUUUUCUGUUUGUCUGACCCAACCCACAGAGUUUCUAGCCCUUCUAUAAAAAGCGUUGUUUGUCCUCUUACUGCCUGCUUUUUCCAGGUUUGGGCCAAGUAUGAAGUUCCUGCUCACCACACUCUUGGGGUGCCUUGUUUUGGCAUUGGCUUCAGCCACUGAUCCAAAAAUCAAAUGGUGUGUGAAGUCGCAGAGCGAGUUAAAUAAAUGCAACAAACUGUCCAGCAAAGCACCAGAACUUGUUUGUUAUCUCCCGCCGAGUGGGACUGACUGUUUUAAAAGCAUCAAGGAUGGUUUUGCAGAUGCCAUAACAGUUGAUGGAGAAAAUGUGUAUAAAGGUGGACUCAAGAACUACGAUCUCCAUCCUAUCAUUGCAGAGAAAUAUAAAAAAGGACAAGAACCAUGUUAUGCUGUUGCUGUGGUAAAGAAAGACACUCACUUCACUAUCAAAGAUCUCAAAGGGAAGAAGUCCUGUCACAGUUGUUAUAAAAUGUCUGGAGGCUGGAAUCUUCCCAUCGGCAGACUGAUCAGGGAAAAUAAACUGAUUUGGGAAGGUGUUGAUGACAAAUCGCUUGAAAAAGCUGUGUCAGAGUUCUUCUCAGCCAGUUGUGUUCCUGGAAUAUCAAGAGCUCACUAUCCAAAUCUUUGUAAAGCCUGCAAUGGUGACUGCUCCUGCACACCCAAUGAAAACUACUAUGGUGAUGAAGGAGCCAUUCGGUGCCUGAAGAAUGGUGGAGAGGUUGCCUUUGUUUGUCAAAAUAAGAUCCCAGUGGAUGAGAAACCGAAUUAUGAGCUGUUGUGCUUGGACGACACCAGGAAAAGUGUUGAUGACUACAAAAGCUGCCACCUUGGUAAAGAGCCUGGCCAUGCUGUCAUCAGCCGCAAGGAUCCUGAUUUAUCAAAACGGAUUUAUAAUCUCCUUAGUAAACUUCCGGCAUCAGAUCUUUUCUCAUCUGAGGGAGGUAAAGAUCUGAUGUUCUCAGACUCUGCAUCUGGACUGAUCAGGCUACCAGAAAUCACUGACUCUUUUCACUUCUUGAAAAAAGAUUAUUAUGACAUCAUGUUUGCGCUUAAAGGUGACCCUUUAUCAGCUAAAGAUUCGUCUCGACGUGUUCGGUGGUGUAAUGUUGGCCAUGGAGAAAAAGCCAAGUGUGACAGCUUACAGAUUUCUGAUAUCGAGUGUCUGAUGGCAUCUUCAGUGGAUGAAUGCAUCCCAAAAGUCAUGCGUGGAGAAAUGGAUGCCUUUGCAUCUGAUGGUGGGUAUGUGUUGACUGGUGACUUUUGUGGUCUAGUUCCAAUCAUGGCUGAGCAGUAUGAUAAUGAUUUGUGUAACAGUGCUGAUACCAACGCAACAGCCUCCUACUAUGCUGUGGCUGUGGUGAAAAAGGUUUUAGAUGUAACCUGGAAUACUCUGAGAAAUAAGAAGUCGUGCCACACUGGCUUCAACCGCAACGCUGGUUGGAAUAUCCCGAAAGGUGUAAUAUGCCAGGGGAACCCUGUGUGUACCUUGAACAAUUUCUUCAGUGAAGGCUGUGCUCCUGGUGCUCAACUUGACUCAAACAUGUGUAAACUGUGUACCGGCAGUGGGAAGAGUGUGGGAGGAGAGGGGAGCAAGUGCAAAGCCUCUGCUGAUGAGAAGUUUUAUGGCUAUGAUGGAGCCUUCAGGUGUCUUGUUGAAGGAGGAGGUGAUGUCGCGUUUAUCAAGCACAGCAUUGUUCCAAGUAACACAGAUGGUCAUGGACCAGAUUGGGCCAAGGAUCUAAAGUCAAAAGAUUUUGAAUUGAUUUGUCCAAAGUUUCCAAAUGUAGCAAAAGAAAUAGAUCAAUUUAAAGACUGUAACUUGUCUCCUGUGCCCGCUCAUGCUGUUAUGACCCGUCCAGAUGUUCGCGACGAUGUAGUCCGUGUCCUGAACGUUGCUCAGAGUAAAGCUGACAAUGGUCUAUUUGUGUCACCUGGUGGUAGAAACCUCAUGUUUUCUGAUUCUACUAAAUGUCUUCAAGAGAUUAAAGUACCCACCAAGGAGUUCCUUACUAAAGAAUAUGUGGACAUAAUUGAAAGUAAUUACAAGACUGACAAGAAUGUACCAGAGCUGGUGCAUGCAUGCUCUUUAAAUAACUAUGUAGCAGAAGAAUAAGUUCCAUACAGAUACACAACAAACGCUGACCAUUAGAGCUUCAUUUGAUGUUUUGUUCCACCCCUUCCUAAGGAACUAGAUCAAAGGACCACUGGAUUUCUGCUUUUUAAGCUGUAUGUUGCUAUUAAACAAAAUCAUCAACAAAA